AUGUCAAACCUAUACAUACUCAACAUCAUCAAUCAAUCCGGCGAAGAAGCCGAUUACUCCAUCGACUGUGUAUAUGAAGAUAUACCCCCUGUUACGAUCCGAGACAGAGACAACUGGAUGACGGUCUUGAACCUCAACCAGCACUACAUUCCCAUCACGGUUUCGGUACUUCCGCAAGGCGAUUCCCCAUCUGUUAGUUUCGUUCUGGCUAAGAACGGACAAGGUGUAAGAGGAGACGUAGUACAUAGCCCCGGGGAUCAACUGACAAUUGAUGUUGGAAAUAACAUUGGAACUCCUUUAUAA